CACGCUUGAUGUGGUGGGUGGAUGACAUCGCUACUUCUUCACCACCACGACAUUACCUGGGCCCCACAGAGUACUACGCUCGCGCGAGCUCCUACCCACUACCAUACCUGAAGUUACGACCGAAUUAUGCGGCAACAACGGUUCGUGGUUGCUCUGCAUUCUUUCCCGGGAAAGAGCAGCGAUGAGCUGCCUCUAGUCGCGGGAAAAAAGUACUUUCUAAUUAAAAUGGACGAGGAAUUCAGCGAUGGCUGGUGGGAGGGACGAGACGAAGAAGGUAAUCAGGGUAUUUUUCCAGCGUCACAUGUAGAGCUGUUAACGGUUGAACCACACAAUGAGAGUAUCCCGCAGCCUCCAUACAUGGACACCUUUGAGCUUCCAGACUCUCCGAUUCUGCAGCACAAACCGUCAAACCUGGGAAACCUAAACGACGGGAUAUCAUCGUCGAUAGCGGCGACGGCUGCAGCUCUAGAGAACCAUGCCCUGAUGGAGGACGAGCGGAAUGAGUUGAUGCGUAAGAUGACAAACUCUUCUGACGCUCUGAAUCGCAUGGAUAGUUUUACAGACGAUGGUUUGGACAACGUUCCAUACGACGGAGGUAUUGAUCGUCCUUCGACCAGUUCCUCGCAGGCACACGUACCUGAGUUGAUGAACACGAGUGCGUUGGCCGAUAGUCCUACCCUUCAACACACAUUCGAGCAAUCGUCAAACACAGCAGAGGAGUCUAUGCGUGAGGCGAUGACUGACAUCGAAGCUGUCUUAAUGAACAUGACGUCUGGUAAAGACACAACAACCACUACUACACAGUAUGAUAAGACGCCUCACUACGACGAGGCUCCUCAAUUCGAUCGGACACCUCAGUUCAACGAGUCUUCCCAGUACAAUGAGGCUCCUAGGUUCAAUGAAGCUCCUCGAUACAAUGAAGCUCCUAGGUUUAACGAAGCUCCCCGGUAUAACGAGCCUCCCAGGUUUAACGAAGCUGCUCGGUACAAUGAGCCUCCUCGGUUUACUGAAUCAUCGGCGUUUGAUGAGGACGAUCAUUCUUCUUCCUUCACCAACAGCGUCAAUGAUCCUCUACAGUCGGUGAUGAACUGGUCCGCAAGCGAUGUAGCUGACUGGCUCACUCGUGUUGGCUUGGAGAGUGUGUCCAACAAUUUUUAUGUCAACGACAUUAACGGUGAAAUUUUGCUCGAGCUUGACUCUAACAGUCUGAAGGAGCUGAACAUUCCCUCCUUUGGUAAGCGGUACGAGGUGCUUCGGAAGAUUCAGCAACUUCGGGACGAGAUUAUGGGUUCGAAAGCCGACUUUUAUGCACCGAACUCGCCUGCUGCAUUUGUGAAUGAGGGUUACGCUUCUGUAAAGCUGACCAAGCAAUUCUCCCAGCCAAGUCCACUUGCGGACACUUUCCGUUCGGCGUCUCGGGCAUCGAGUAUCCCUCCUCCGAAUGUCAUGGCGCCGUUCUCCACUCGUGUGAAUGAUGAGCCGUCCCUGUAUCUUAACCAGCAAAGGAUCGGCCAUGCUUCCCGGACAGCAACACCCACUCGUGGUUUCUACGAUCGACCCGCAGAAACAACAAAGGAAACCGCUCCUGUUGUUCCACGGGCGCAGACAUUGGCGCCGCAAAUGCCUCCUCUGACCAUGUAUCCCACCCUGGACAGUGACUCGGGCAUUCUUUCAGCGCCGCCCGUCUCCAGAACGCCCGUGCCAGACGGUCUUGUUUCGCGACAACGAUCCCCAUCGAAAGCGUCCAAGAGCUCCAGCAUGCUCAGUUUGCGUGCGGACUCUAUGAAGGACGCUGCUCCCUCACUCCCCGACAUCGAAAUCAAGCCGUCGGUUAACGAUACAACUCUACGAAAUGCCCCAACCCUCGCCCAACCUGCAAUUAAUGAUGUCCCAACUAUCAUUCAACCAACACCAGUAUCGACUGCUCCUGAGCCGCCUAGUGCUCCCCCUCCUCCUCGACCUAGUUCGCCUCCAAAACCCAAGGCACCGGUACCACCUGUACCGACAUCGGCACCGCUUCCUGUUCCUACUGUGAAGCCAAUGCUGACCGAAGUGUCAAAGGUCUCGUCGCAAAGUGAUGCUAGUGUUUCCUCCUCUACACUUGAGAAAACGCUUACGUUAGAGACACCGGCAGACGCCAAGCCACCAGUCAAGAGCUACCACAGACUCCGUGGCCCCAUACCUAGAGCUGUUUCUGGUUCAUCAAACAACACAUCCUCUAGCCAGACACCGAGUUCGAGCAUCAACACAACAGCACCUGCUGCUCCUGCUCCUCCCCCUCCUACACAAAAGUUGAAGCCGGCCGAGGAGGCCAAGUUGGCUUUAGCAACUAAGGCAAAAGAGCCAACAGUGAAGCGGAAGUCAAAGCGUGACUUUUUUGGACGCCAAAAGAUUUUACCCACCGGCAUUAGUGAAGGUUUGGCUAAUGUUCCCGCCACAGAAGCUAUAAAAACCGCAGACUGUCAUGGUUGGAUGCGGAAACGCAGUGACCGCUAUGGCGUGUGGAAGACCCGGUAUUUCGUGUUGAAGGGGACAAGACUGUCUUACUACCAUUCACUUUCCGAUGGAAAGGAAAAGGGUCUCAUUGAUAUAACAUCUCAUCGAGUAGUGAAGGUUGACGACUUUGUGUUGAGUCCUGGUCGCACGGUCAUCAAGCUGAUUCCUCCUGCCCCUGGCGCAGCCAAGGCUGCUGUUAUGUUUACGCCCCCCAAAGUGCAUUACUUUACAUGUGAGAACGACGAGCAGCUGCGCAAGUGGUCGAGCUCGUUCCUGAAAGCGACUGUUGAGCGCGAUCUGUCUGUUCCAGCCCUGACGACGUCGAGAAUGCCGACGAUUUCGUUGAUCAAGGCGAGGGAGCUGCGGGCUCGUCCGCCUUCACUUUUGCUUGACGAUAAUGACGAAGGCCUUGAAUCCUCUUUAGGUCGCAGCCGCGUUGUCAGUGACUCGAAGGCCCAGAAGGGUUCGUCGCCGAAAGAGUCGACGAUUGCGACCAUUCAAAAGAAGAUUGAGAAGAUGAAGUUGUAAUGUUUAUAUAAGGAAUCCUGAGCGCCGCUGUUAAUACUGCCCAUUGCUUGGCUCGUUGUGCCGGGCAUUGGACCUUGGAAUUGGAUCGUGGGCUAUGCCGGAAGAUUCGUUCUUAGUUUUAUUCUUUUUUUUUCGUACACCGUCAUUCACUUUUUCUCAACCUUCAAUCUAAUAAUAUCUAUGUCUUCCGUCGUUUGUACGUCCGAGCAAGCAUGCGUACACACGCAACCGAAUCAUGGACAGCGAUUGAGUGUUCGCUAUACUGCUUGAGCUCCUUCCAUGAGCACCUUUGGGUCCUGGGGAAUGCAUUUCAUCUAAUUUCUUUUCAAUAUUUUAUUUAUUACUACGCUA